GAUGUGGGUGGGACUGAUAUGAGCUAGUAAUAAAAACAUAAAGGAAACUGAGACUACCAUCUUGCACUACAGCUGAUUAGCCGAACAAAGGAGGACUGGAGGAGCAGCUCAGCAGCCAAUCGCAAUCGGAUCGACAUCGACGAACGCCAAGGGCCUAGUCGCUGACCGCGGACCGCCAGCCGCCAUCCGCCGACGCUUGGCCCCCUUCCGGCUGCCGCCCUUCCCCUUAUCGGCUUCUCAGUCGAGGCGUCCAGCAGGUGCGCCGUGCUCACUUUCAGGAUUCACUGCCUCACGACCUCACCGUUUCAGCAGUUUAGUCUUCAGAGUAAUGCAAUGUAUUCACCAAACGGUGUUUCUAGUUCAAACAUGGUACACAGCAACACUAUUAAUGUUCAGACUUUAGAUUCUUGUCCGAACACAAUGGAUCCAGGUAGCGGGGGGAAUACCCACAACAACAACCCGAGUCUGGCUUCAAAACAACGUCUGCGUUGGACAAAUGAACUUCAUGAACGGUUUGUUGAUGCUGUGGCACAACUUGGUGGACCAGAUAGGGCUACUCCUAAAGGUGUCCUCAGAGUCAUGGGCGUGCAAGGGCUGACAAUUUACCAUGUAAAGAGCCAUUUACAGAAAUACCGACUUGCCAAAUACCUUCCUGAAUCCUCUUCUGAUGGGAAAAGAGCUGACAAAAAAGAGCCAAAGGAUGUGCUCUCUAAUUUAGACGGGUCAUCUGGAAUGCAAAUUACUGAAGCACUAAAGCUGCAGAUGGAAGUGCAAAAGCGACUACACGAGCAACUUGAGGUCCAACGCCAGCUGCAACUAAGGAUAGAGGCUCAAGGCAAGUAUUUGAAGAAGAUAAUAGAAGAGCAACAACGGCUCAGCGGGGUACUCUCUGAAACACCAGAAUCUAAUACCGUACCUGACCCAUCUACUCCCGCACCAACAUCCGAGCCUCCAUGUGGUGACAACAACAAGCUUGCAAAGGAGCGACCACGACCAAAUAGCUUGUGUCUUGAUGAAUUGUCAUCCUCUCAUCAUGAACCUCUAACCCCAGAUUCUGGUGGCCACGAGGACUCUCCGUUCAACUCCCCAACUGGAGAGAGGCCUUCAAAGAUGCUGAAGUUUAGUUCGGGUGUUGCACUGCCUCAGCCCGACCCGAUACAGUUUUCGUGAGAAUGGGAGCAGGUCAACUGGAGCGAAGACCAACCUGGUAAAAUGUUUGCAAUACCAAAAAGUUUUUACUUGAUGUUGUUAUAUCAUUGAAUCGACUUUUUAUGCCUGAUCUUUAUCUUAAGUACACAUUUUACUAUUAGGUUCUUGAGAUCUUGUUGUUAUAAAACAUUCAAAUGCAGCAAAUUAGUUAGCUGUUAUUUACGGCGCUGUAUCUUUGAACUCUGUUUCAUUCAGCAAAACACUUCAUUUAUGUAUACAUGCCUUCUAAGAAUGACUAGGGUGACUUGAUCCCGUAC